UCUGCAAGCCACACAGCACAGCAAUAGGUUGUUCCAUCGCUAUCGAGACCUGGCUCCACAGCUUGUGCCUCUUGAUUAUAAGGAUAACCCUGAUGUGAAAGUCCCUUAUGAACUGAUUGGCAACAUGCCAGAGCUGAAGAUUGUGGAUCUUCCAUCUGAGUGCAACUGCAUCUCCAGGUACUCCAUGCAGUCUGUCAGGAGCUACAUCUGGGCACACUUCCUGCAGGUGUGGUCGCAGGGGACACUGGAGAUGACUCCUACCUUCCACAUCCUCCAGGAGAAGAAUACCCUCCUACCAAGAGAGAGAAGAAGAUAUCUUACCAGUAACCCUCGUCACGGAAGCCUGAACUUGCACCUCACUGCUUUUCUCAAGGAUAAUCCCUUCCGGCAGAGGAUUGCAGAGGUGUUCUCCCAGGACAACACGGGCAACAUGACUUUGGACGACUUCCUGGACAUGUUCUCUGUGUUGAGUGAAAUGGCCCCACGUGAUCUGAAGGCCUGUUAUGCAUUUAAAAUUUAUGAUUUUAACAAUGACAAUUUUAUCUGUAAGUCGGACUUGGAGAAGACUUUGAUUAAAUUGACGCGAAAUGAGCUGUUACCAGAGGAAGUGCAGCUGGUUUGUGAUAAAGUACUGGGGGAAGCAGAUCUGGACAAUGACGGCAAAUUAUCACUGGAGGAUUUUCAGCAUAUGCUUGUCCGCUCGCCCGAUUUCCUCAGCACCUUCCACAUCCGAAUCUGAUUACUGCCUGCCACUACAUUUGACACAGAACCUCAAAUUGUCAAGAGAGUGAAAUAUUCCUGAGCAGAGACCUGACCUGCUUCCUGUGUCCCAGCAUUUUCC